AUGUGGACAGGAUGGAGAAGACAGUCAGAGAGGAACGUCCUGAAGUUCAACAAGAGGAAGAGGCAAGCCCUGUCCCUGGGGAGAAAUAAUCCCAUGCACCAGUACAUGCUGGGGGACAACCAACAGGAAAGCAGCUUAUCAGAGAAGGACCUGGGGGUCCUGGUGGACCCCUGGGAGUCAAGUAACAAGCGACUUGUGGCCUUAGUGCCAAAUGACACUUCAUUCAACACCAGACGAGCCUACACCAGCGAAGAUGAAGCCUGGAAGUCGUAUUUGGAGAAUCCCCUAACAGCAGCUACCAAGGCUAUGAUGAGCAUAAAUGGUGAUGAGGACAGUGCUGCUGCUCUUGGCCUAUUGUAUGACUAUUAUAAAGUUCCCAGAGAUAAAAGGCUGUUGUCUGUUAACAAAGUGAGUGAUAAUCAAGAAGACCAAGAUAAAAGAAAUUGUCUUAAUACCACGGAAGCUCAGAGUAAUUUAAGUGGGGGAGAGAACCGCGUGCAAGUCCUGAAGACGGUGCCGGUUAACCUUUCCUUGAACCAAGAUCCUUUGGAGUCAUCCAAAAGGGAAUACAACACAAAUGUGUCUGGGAGCUCGACGCCCAUCACAGGGACUGCAGUGACUGUGGUUAAAGCAGAGGAGUUCACCCCUGUUUUUAUGACCCCACAAGCACACUAUGCAAGAGGAGAAAAUGAGGAGCACCGAGGGGUUAUCUUUGAACCAUACGAAGUGUCCAACAUUGCUCCCCAUACAAAUUAUCUCAAAGAUGACCAGCGCAGUACUCCUGACAGUACGUACAGCGACACCUUCAAAGAUGGAGGAACAGAAAAGUAUCGCAGUGUGUCAGUGGGGGCUGAAGAAUAUAUUUACGAACAAACAAGCAGCACUUUUCAGUAUACACUAGAAGCUACCAAAUCUCUGCGUCAAAAGCAAGGGGAGGGGCCCAUGACCUACUUGAACAAAGGACAGUUCUACGCCAUCACCCUGAGCGAGACCGGUGACAACAAAUGUUUCCGGCAUCCCAUCAGCAAAGUCAGGAGCGUGGUCAUGGUUGUUUUCAGUGAAGAUAAAAACAGAGACGAACAGCUGAAAUACUGGAAAUACUGGCAUUCUCGGCAGCAUACAGCUAAACAGAGGGUCCUCGACAUUGCUGAUUACAAGGAGAGUUUUAAUACCAUUGGGAAUAUUGAAGAAAUCGCAUUCAAUGCUGUGUCCUUUACUUGGGAUGUCAAUGAGGAGGCAAAGAUUUUCAUCACAGUGAAUUGCUUGAGCACAGACUUCUCCUCACAAAAAGGAGUAAAAGGACUUCCUUUGAUGAUUCAGAUCGAUACAUACAGCUACAACAACCGCAGCAAUAAACCCAUCCACCGAGCCUACUGCCAGAUCAAGGUUUUUUGUGACAAGGGAGCAGAAAGGAAAAUCCGAGACGAAGAGAGGAAGCAGAACAGGAAGAAAGGCAAAGGCCAGGCAUCCCAAGCCUCAUGUAAUAACUCAGCUGAAGGGAAGUUGAGUGCACUGCCUCUGCAAAAAAAGAGCGAUAUCACCUUCUUCAAAACAAUGGCUGACCUGGAUUCCCAGCCAGUUCUCUUCAUACCGGAUGUUCACUUUGGAAACCUACAAAGAACUGGACAGGUUUACUAUAAUACAGAUGAUGAAAGAGAAGGUAGCAGUGUCCUGGUCAAAAGGAUGUUCCGGCCUGUGGAGGAGGAGUUUGGUCCAUCCCCUUUGAAACAAAUGAAAGAAGAAGGCCUGAAAAGAGUGCUUUUGUAUGUGAGGAAGGAGACAGAUGAGGUGUUUGAUGCUUUGAUGCUGAAAUCACCCACAGUAAAAGGGCUAAUGGAAGCGAUCUCUGAGAAAUAUGGGCUGCCAGUUGAAAAGAUUGCAAAACUUUAUAAGAAGAGCAAAAAGGGUAUCUUGGUAAACAUGGAUGACAACAUUAUUGAGCACUACUCCAACGAGGACACGUUCAUCCUGCACAUGGAGAGCAUGGUCGAAGGCUUCAAGAUCACACUGACAGAGAUCUAG